CAUAUUCAAUCAGUCGUUCGGAAUUCGCGAAACAAUGCGGUCGCAGUACGAAGAUAGUGCUGCCGUGUCCACGGACAACAAGUACCACACUAGUUACAGCUAUAAUCAUAAUAAUAACAAUAAUUACCAUAAAGACUAUAAUGGUAAUGGCAAUGGGAUACCCUAUCACGCGCGCGAAAAUUCCUUGCCUUUUAGCUAUGGAAUUGCCACAACGUCGACACCGCUGAAGAAAACGCCAACGCCAACACGAGCCGAUAGUUUUCUAGACUUUGAUAUUGGCACGAGCAGCAGCAAUCACAAUAACAACAAUAAUAUUAACAAUAAUAAUAAUGGUGAUAUGAUAAAGCCGCAGCCACGUUUAACGAGCCCUUUGCUAGUGCGCAAAACACUCGGCGGCAGCCGUGCGAAUACAAAUGGUAAUAGUACAAAUUCGAGUUCGAAUACGAAUCCGACUCCGAAUACAAAUACCAUAUCGAAUACAUAUCAUUAUGGGGCAACAACAACAGCAACGCCGCCACGCGCUGACUUUGAGCAGCUGCUGCGCGAGAGACGCGACAAAGUGUUUAGCGAGUAUCAGCGUGAAAAGGAACGCAUUGUGGAACGUGUGGAUCGUGUUGAUCGUGUGCCGCCCACGCCGCCGCAGCGACGUCAAAGCAAUGGACCCAGCAAAUAUAAUUAUGAUUUUGAGUUUAACUUAAAUUUGGAUGAUAUCAAUGAACAACGCAGCUCGUUGCCGGCGCCAGCUCCCUAUCACACCAGGAACAUUGAGUUGGGACAGCAGUUGGGCUAUGGGCAGGAUAUGGAUGUGCCUGAUGGUGCUAUCAGAGGCAACAGUAGGCGCUUGGAAUCCACAAUUGUGGAACGCAAUUAUCACACAAUUAACAGCAACAUCAACAUCAAGAGCAACCACAGCAACAACAACAACGGCUACAACAACAACUACAACAGCUUGGAACGACCUCCAAUGGAAGUGACACACAAACGACAACAGUUGGAGCAACAACAACAACAACAGCAGCAGCAGUCAACAAACAUUUAUGGUCAGAACCAGCUGCAUCUAGAGACAGAGACGCACACGCGCAAUCGUCGCGAUUUGUCGCCCAUUUAUGCCACCAGCACAAAGCAUCAGCACAAAGCAGCUGCAGUUGCUCCACAUACUGGCAAUGGUCAGGCGGAUUACCUGUUAACGCCCAGUCCCACAAGCAGACCGGAGACGCCCGCUUUUCCGGUCACACCACGCACACCAUUUGGUAGCACCACCAACACCAUCAACACGACCAACACCACACAACGUGCCUCGCCCACCACAGAGUCCAUUUAUCAGACCAUGGGACCACGACAAUAUCUCAAUUCAGCACCAUCUCCGACCUUUGAGGUGGCUGCUGAUUUGGUGAAAUUCGCUCGCAACUCGGCUAAAUUCUGGUACAAGGCAACCUUGUCUCGCGAGGAUGCCAUUGCGCUAUUGAUGAAUGCUCCGCCGGGCACAUUUCUGGUCCGUGAUUCCACCACGUAUAAGAAUGCCUACGGUUUGGUCUUGCGUGUUGCACAACCUCCGGCAGGUAGCCAGGAGCUGGUGCGUCACUUUCUCAUUGAGCCGACGCAACGUGGCGUCCGCUUGAAGGGAUGCGCCAAUGAGCCCGUCUUCACCUCCCUGUCGGCCCUUAUCUAUGAGCAUUCCAUCAAUCAGCUGGCAUUGCCGUGUCUGCUCCGCAUCCCGGAAGCGGAUGUGGUGCCCGGCUUGGCAGCUACGACGCCGGCCCAGCAACAUCUACUCACCCAUGGAGCGGCGACCAAUGUGCUCUGGCUGUUCAGCUGCGAUACGGAAUCCCUCACGGGCAACGAGGCCAUACGCAAGGCCAUUCGGGUUAUGUACGAGCAACGACCUUUGCCCCUGCCCACCGAGGUGCACUUUAAGGUCUCCGGACAGGGCAUCACUUUGACGGAUAACACGCGCAAGAAGUUCUUCCGUAAGCACUAUACGGCCGAUGUGAUUUCCCACUGUGCCAUCGAUCCCGAGAAUCGCAUGUGGACGAAUCCCAAUGAAUCGGACAAGAAGACCAUCUUUGCCUUUGUGGCACGCAGAUCACACAGCUCCAAGGAUAAUCAGUGCCAUGUUUUCUGCGACCUUUCCGUCUCCCAACCUGCGGCGGCGAUUGUCUCAUUUGCCAAUCGUACACUGCCUACCGAAAAGCAGCGCAACUAUGUGCUUUAAACAACACUAUUGACCCACUUGCAACUUGGAAUAGCAGGCGAAAUCCCCCUUGAAACUGGCAAGUGUUGUACAACGGACAUAAAUAACAUUUGUCUCUGAACGAGCUCGACAAUUUGUUAUUAAAUUAAAUUAGUAAUAAACGACAAUUCUAAUGACAAAAGUAAUGUCAGUUAAAGGUUCUGUAUCGCACAUACGCACAUUUAUGUUUAUUAAAUGAGCGAACUUGAACUAGCUAAAUGCACAGUGGAGCAAAGCACAUUGAGCAUGAUUAUAAAAUUAUCCAGUGCUGAAAAUAUACAAAUAGUUAAUAAAUAUAUUAACAUUUUAUUUGCUUUACAGUUUAAUUGUAUAUAUUUAUAAAUCAGUAAUUAAUGUGAAGGUUUUUUUUUCUUAAAACAUUCGGAAAAUGAUUGUUAAUGAUUAAAUCAAUAUUUUAACCGAGCAUAGAAUUUAUAUUUGUAGUGUGCUUUGUUUCAUUCACUUUGUUGUGCAGUGUAAAGAUUUAAACGAAAUUUGUGGAAUAACUAAAAUAACUAAAUAUCUUAAAAUUUAAUGUAAUUGUCGGAAAGGUCGAAAGGUAAUCUAUAAAAUAAUUUUACAUUUAUAUGCUAAUAAUGUUAAUCUACGAGUUUUGAAUAGAAGCAAAUAUGCAAUAUGUAAUGCAUAUGCUUAUAAUAAUUUUUAAUAAUAUUGCAAGAAUUAAGUUUUACUAAUACAGUUAAAUUAUAAAUAAAGUGCAAUGAUGUUGAAGAUAAAA